AUGUAUUGAUGUGUUCUGCGAUUGAGGAUGGCUGUGAUGCUUUGACUCGAACUCAAAACGAUCCGAGUAACAAGAGAACUCCUGAUUGUGUGUCGGCCAAUUAGCUUGUGUACUUGUCGCUUUGUUUGUUUACUCAAAUUUUUCUCUCUGAUUUGACCUCCAAUCGUUAAAAGUUCCUUCACUAUGCCUCGUCUAACAACCAGAGCUGUGAUCGGCAUAGGAUCAUUUGUCGGCUUCCUAAUUGUUGUCUGGUUAGCAAACACUUCCACAGACCCUUCACACCCACACAAAACAAACUCCAAACCAUCCACCUCUCUCCGAUGUCACCGGUGGGCAAGAUCAUUAAAAACUGGUCUGACACCAUACAUUAGCAACGACAAAACGGUGAUCAUAACAGGUGCAGCUGGCUUCAUCGGAUCCCACAUCACAAGAUAUUGUGUCAACAGGUUGAGGAUGACUGUCAUUGCAGUGGACGAUUUAUCAAGUGGAUACGAGGCAAAUAUCCCAGUUUCGAGUAAAGUCACAUUCGUUAGGGGAGACUUGAAGAACGCGACAUUCGUCUGGAGUCUUUUCCGAGGACGAAAGAUCGAUUACGUGUAUCACCUGGCUGGUUACCCAUCACGACGAUUAUCUCACUUUGUACGAUCGUACAUUUAUAGGAACAAUCUUCUUGCCUCGGUGAAUUUGAUUAAUGCGGCCGUGAAGGCUGGAGUAAAGUGUUUUGUGUUUACAUCUUCGGUUGCUGUCUAUGGAUCGAGUGAGCUUGUUGUGAGUGAAUCGUCGAUUCCGCACCCUCAGGAUUCGUAUGGGAUCGCCAAGCUCUCAACGGAACUCGAACUACGAGCCACGAAACGAGUGCACGACUUGGAGUACGUCAUACUGAGACUACACAAUGUGUUCGGGCCGAACCAGAACGUCGUCGACCCGUAUCGUAACGUCAUCAGCAUCUUCAUGGGUCAAAUCAUGAGGGACACGCCGAUAACCGUACUCGGUGAUGGAACACAGAAAAUGAGUUUUACAUACAUUGAUGAUAUUGUUUCACUCGUUGCUCGUUGUCCUCUCUAUCCGGCAGCACGAAGCCACACCUUCAAUCUCGGAUCUGAUAAUGUUAUUGAUAUCAAUCAUGUAGUGGAGGUUGUGAAGAGUGUCAUGAAGAGACCGAAUCAUCCAGUGAAGCACGUGCCUGCACAAAACGAAGGAAAACUUGCCGGCAUUGACCAUUCGAAAGCAAACUGUUUCUUUAAGCAGACGCCUCGUAUGGAAUUUGAGGUCGGGGUUAGCAGCAUGGCUGAUUGGUUUCGAGCCGUCGGAGCAGAGAGACUGAAGAGAAGUCGACUGGCCGCGUUGAAGGUGGAGACGAAGAAGAACAUUGUGUCAUUGUGGUUAAACGAAGACGUUUCAGAAGUCGAUGAAGUCGAUCAUCUGGCUCGUCUAGUUGCCUAAUAUGCGGUUAGAUUUACAUUAAUUAAUUAAUUUGUUAUAAAAUUUUAAACUUUUAAUGAAAUUAAAAUACGACAUUUAUUUGCACCAAAUAGCAUCAUCUUGUUAGUUGUUGCAGCUUAGACAGUAAUGAUCAUGUACAAGAGACUACCUGAUAUCAUUCACAUGCACUGGGUGUCUAAAUACGAGACCCAGGGUCAGGCACA